AUGCAGAGUCUACGAGUAGCCAGACCCUUUCCUUCUCGCUUUGUCAAGACGGUGGCCCCUCGGAUCCAACGCCCAUACUCUACACCCUCGGCCGAACACAGCUAUGAGCACAUUCAACUCAGCACUCCCCGUCCCGGUGUCGCUCUGAGUAUGCCUUUCUUCCUCUCCAUAUACCACUCUCUUCAUCCACAGCUGACAACGCGCACCANNGUCACGCUCAACAGACCCAAAGCCCUCAACGCCCUCUUCUCCCCUCUGAUCAAUGAACUCAACACCUGCACUUCCCUCCUCGACAAAGACCCUUCCAUCGCCGCCAUCGUCCUCACCGGCUCCCCCAAAGCCUUUGCCGCCGGCGCCGACAUUAAAGAAAUGGCCCCCAAAUCUUUUGCCGACGCUUACGGUGCAGACUUUAUCGAAUCCUGGUCCAACCUCACACACAUCAAGAAACCUGUCAUCGGUGCUGUGAAUGGGUAUGCGCUGGGCGGCGGCUGUGAGUUGGCCAUGAUGUGCGACAUCCUAUACGCAUCCAAGUCUGCAACUUUCGGCCAGCCGGAAAUCAAACUGGGGAUUCUUCCCGGCGCGNGGGGCACACAGCGACUCACCCGCGCGGUCGGCAAAGCAAAAGCCAUGGAAAUCAUCCUCACGGGUGAAAACUUUUCGGGCGAAAAGGCCGAGCAGUGGGGGUUGGUUGCCAAAUGCUUUGACACUGCGGAAGCUUGUGUGGAAGGUGCGCUGGACACGGCGGCAAAGAUUGCUGGAUACUCCAAGAUUGCCGUCAAAGCUUGCAAGGAGGCUGUCAACAAGAGUCAGGAUCUGGGCAUCAGGGAGGGUGUCGAGUAUGAGAGGAGACUGUUCCAUGGCCUCUUCGGCAGCCAGGAUCAAAAGAUCGGUAUGAAUGCGUUUGCGAAUAAGAAGAAGGCCGAGUGGACGCAUUCGUAG